GUACGUGUUACUCGAUAAUAAGUACUGUGUGUGGCACUCUAUUUACAUCUGUCAUUUUCAGCGCUGAGAAAUUCUCGUUCGUCCUUCCUUUUCUCUUACAUCCCCGUGUCUAGUUGGUAGCCAUGGCCGAGUCCCAGUCGAAUGAUAACAAUACUUGCGUGGUGUGUUUCAAGAAUGUCGUGUAUUACUCGGUCGGGGAAUGUGACCAUCCCGUAUGUUUCGAGUGUUCGACUCGUAUGCGAGUGCUCUGUCUCCAGAAUGAGUGCCCGAUAUGUCGACAGGCUCUUUCACGGGUUGUGUUUACGGACACUGUAUACCCGUACAAAGAGCUACGUAGCAGGAUAUUUACGGACCGCUUCUUUGAGAGGCAGUUCAAGAUUGGAUUCUGCAGUGAGGAGAUAAAGCGGGCAUACGAGCAGUUGCUAGAGAACCGUUGUAAACUCUGUGAUAAUUUGGCACCCUUCCGAACGUUCAGCAUGCUGAGUGACCACAUGCGGAAAGUCCAUGAACGAUACUUCUGUGAUCUCUGUGUUAAACAUUUGAAGAUUUUUACCAAUGAGAGGAAGUGCUAUACGAGACAAGAGCUGGCUCACCAUCGACGGAAAGGAGACCUCGAUGAUACUUCUCACAGAGGCCAUCCCCUCUGCGAGUUCUGUGAGGAGCGUUUCAUGGAUGCGGACGAGCUAUACCGCCACCUUCGCAAAGAGCACUUAUACUGCCACCUGUGCGACGCUGACGGCCGCAACCUCUACUACGCGACCCACGCUGCUCUUGCGCACCACUUUCGCACUGAUCAUUAUCUGUGUGAGGAAGGGGACUGUGCUGGGAAUCAUCUCACUGCCGUGUUCAGGACUGAAAUCGAUCUCAAAGCACAUAAGGCGACGGUGCACGGGCGCGGCAUGACGCGCGGCGCGGCGCGGCAGGCGCGGACUUUAGAACUACAAUUCAACAUUACCCCGCAUCCCGUCGUGCAGAGGUCGGCGCCACGAGCGUGUCCCCGCAGCGACCGCGACAAUCGUGACCGCGAGCGCGAGCGCGACCGCGAGUGCCACGAGCCCAGCAGCCCGCCGCCCGCGGCCGCGCGCAUCGACACGCGCUCCGACGAGCAGUUCCCGCGCCUGUCCGCCGCGCCGCCCGCGCAUGCGCUGCUCAUGCCGGCGCCCAGCCGCGCCUACAAAGGCGUGGAUGGGCUGGCGCGUACGGACAAGAACUUCCCGACGCUGGGUGGAGCCCCGGGGCCUUCGCGGCCCGCCGCGCCCGCGCCCCGUCCCGCUGCGCCGGUCGCCGCCACCAUACUGCGCAACUCAAAGCCGAGCGUGUCGAUCCAGCUGCACAGCCAGCCGGCGAGCGCCAGCAGCUUCCGCCUGACGCAGACCAGCGGCCACCGCCCUGCGCCGCGCCGCGCCAACCUCGACGACGACGACUUCCCCUCACUCGGCGUCGCCAAGGACGACCAUCCCAGCAUCGGCGCUGGCACUGUGCAACCCUCUAAGGUUGCGGUGAUAAAUAGCCAAGAGAUGCAGGCGUUGAAGAGCAACAAUACCAACUCGCAGCCGAAGAAACAGCAGCUGAGCUCGGAGGCGUUUCCGGCGCUGUCGGCGGCGACCACGCCCGCCGCGCCGCCGCAGUGGAUCACCGUGUCCAAGGACAAGGCGAAGACCAAACCUGCAAAGGCCGAGCCUCCUCCGAAGCCCCGCGAGCCCGCCUUCAACCCCGCAGCCGACUUCCCCACGCUGCCUAACAACAAUAAAUCCAAGAAGAAGACUCCCCAACCACAACCGCAGCCACAGCCACCGCCCGCUUCUAUACAGACCAUACAGACUGAGACCAAACUGAGUAAAAAAGAAAAGAAAAAACAGAACAACGUCAAGAAAGAAAAUUCCGAGCCGGCGACGCCCACCUACGUCAACGGCUUUACCGACAAGUUCACUAAAAACCAGAUGAAGGAGGCGUAUAACGUGGCCGUGAGCGACGCGCCGGCGGUCGAGAUCGACAGGAAGAUCAAAACCGUCGACGAGAACUCCCUCAACGCGGAUAACAAUAAGAAGCGGAACGGGGGUAACGGGGACUUCGCUUUGAAGGCGAAAGAUUAUCCUCCGCUCAGUUCGAAGAGUGCAAACGCGAUGCCGGCGCCGGCGACCGGCAAGAAAGCCUGCCAAGAGAGGAAGCCAGUCGGCAACGCGCCGCCCGGGUUCAGCGGCGUGCUGCGGCCGCCGCCGUGCGAUGGCAUGACGUUCACCAACUCGUCGGGGCAGACGUUCCCGGCGCCGCCGCACGCCUACAUCCCGCCGCCGGCCUUCGAGGCGCGCAACCGGGCGCUCGUCAACAAGUUCGCGGCCGCGCUCGGCGGGGCCGCCGCCGUCGAGGACUUCAAGGUCGCGUCGCGGGCUUUUAGAGACAAUAUCAUCGGCGCCGAGGAGUUCUACCAGCACUGUAAGAGCGCGAUGGGGGCUCAGUUGGACGGCGUGUUCCCGGAGCUAGUGGCGCUGCUGCCGGAUAUAGGCAAGCAGCAGGAGCUCGUGGUGGGCCGGGAUCUGGGCGAUAAGCUCGACGUGUGCGGCACGUGCGGCCAGCUGACGGCGGCGGCGGACCGCGUGGCACACGACACGGCGCACUGGCCGCCGCUGGCACCGCCCUAGCGCGGGUGUGGCACCAGCGGCCAGCUGGCACCGCCCUAGCGCGGGUGUGGCACCAGCGGCCAGCUGGCACCGCCCUAGCGCGGGUGUGGCACCAGCGGCCAGCUGGCACCGCCCUAGCGCGGGUGUGGCACCAGCGGCCAGCUGGCACCGCCCUAGCGCGGGUGUGGCACCAGCGGCCAGCUGGCACCGCCCUAGCGCGGGUGUGGCACCAGCGGCCAGCCGGCGCCGCCCUAGCGGGGGUAUGGCACCAGCGACUAGCUGGCACCGCCCUAGCGCGGCUGCCACGCACCACCGUCCCUACACCUACCGCAGGCACGUGGGAUACUGUCCACGUAUCGCGUGUUCGUAUUGAUAACGAAUUUUUUUUAUAUCUAGACUAUAAUAUCGCACUCUUAGAAGAAUAGUGACGUACUUGAAAAUGUAAUCUUCCUGCUUUUUGAUUUAGGUCACUAUCCGUCUAUAAAAGGACAAUUGUAUAAUAGCGCCGGUAGAGGAACGCCUACUAAUAUAUUGCACGUACAUUGCGGAAUGUCUAGCGAGUUAGCCGUGAUUCCUAUGAUACAUUAUACAGGGAAAUAGAAUGAACAGUGUUUGGGGUGUCAUAUAAGCAGAUUUGGCUUUGACUGGAAUGUAUCGGGUAAAUUAUGUCUAGUGUUAAUCGUGUAUUGGGUGUCCUCCUGGGGGGGUUAAAAAGGGAACAUCGAAGCAAUUCAUCUAAAAAGCAAUAUCGCAAUUUCACAUUUGUUUCGAUGUGGCCUUUUUAACCCCCUUGAUCGCUAGUAGCUUUAUAUUUCUCGGCUUUAUUCUGUAUACUGCCCGAGGAAUAUUCACCGAGAUAAUAAUUUACACUUUAAUACUAAGAAUUUUAGUCUCGGAAGUGAUAAGGUGUACAUAUUUGACUAAGUCCUUAUUGCUUCUUCAACAAUAACCUGUUUAGGCGAUAUACCUUUUGUUUAUUACGAAGUAAUACUUCUGGCCGACGGUAAAUAUUUGAGUGUCUGACAUACAACUUGUUAUGCUAAAUUUGAUAACAGUACCGCAACUAUUAAGUUUCAUGUGAUUAUUAUGUAAAAUGUAAGUGUUACACGAAUGUUACACAAUGUAAAAUAUAUUGUUUCAAAGUUUAA